AUCUUCCAUUUAUUAACCCUUUAUCGAUAAUCGUCGAAAUCACAUCCAUUCAAGUAAUCCUCGAAGUGACAUCCUCGAAAGACAAAUCCUUGUGCCUAGUUUCCGCGCUCAAAAUGACCACUAAGGAAGAAUAUGAGUACACACCAGUGGCGGGGACGGAAGAAUCCGAAACAACAUUCAAUGUUACAAAUGGCGAAGUCACCAUUCAGUCGAACAAAAUGACCAGUGAGAGUGCCGAACCCACAAACCGAAAAUUUUUGUACGUUGCGGCAUGUGUCGCAAACUUGGCCGGCUUCGUGUGCGGCACGAGCUUCGGCUGGACUUCCCCCGAAAUCCCCAAGAUGAAAAUCUCGCACGAGGCCGGCAACCCCCUCGCCCUAGCCCUCACCAAGAGCGAGGAGUCCUGGAUCGGCUCCCUCCUCCCGGUUGGGGCGACCCUCGGCCCCUUCAUCGCCGGCCUCACAGCCGACAAAAUCGGGCGAAAAAACACCCUCCUGGCCGGAACCGUGCCCUUCAUCGUCGCUUUCGCAAUCGCCGCUUACGCCACCAACCCCCUUCUAUUCUUCCUGAUGCGGUUUCUGUGCGGUCUGGCCGUGGGAGUGGUGUUCACCGUCCUGCCGAUGUACAUUGGGGAGAUCGCAGAGGACGAAGUCCGGGACUCGCUCGGCUCCUUCAUGCAGCUUUUCAUCGUCGUGGGGCUGCUUUUCUCGUACGCCCUGGGGCCCUACAUGUCCAUCAUGGCGUUCAACAUCGCGUGCGUCGUGUCACCGUGCGUGUUUUUGGUGGUUUUCUACUUGUUUAUCCCGGAGAGUCCCUAUUUUCUGAUUCGGGAGAACAAGGAUCAAGCGGCGCAAGCGCUGAUGAAGCUGAGGUCGAAGUCGGAGGAGGCGAUUCAGGAGGAGUUGGAGGAGAUUAAGGCCAGCGUUGAGGAAACUCUAGCCAACAAAGCCUCGUUCGCUGAUAUUUUCAAAUCGAAGGGUUUGACCAAAGCCUUGACGAUCUCGGUCGGGUUAGUGUCCUUGCAGCAAUUAUCAGGGAUCAAUAUUGUCCUGUUUUACGCCCAGGAUAUUUUCACUGACGCUGGAAGCACGAUCCCUGCUGACAUUUCGACGAUCAUUAUCGGGAUUGUCCAGGUUUUCGCCAGUGGGGCCACUCCGAUCGUUGUGGAAAAAAAGGGCAAAAGGUACCUUCUGCUGCUCUCCGCCGUGGGCAUGGCGGUGUCUCAAGGGGCCCUAGCUGUGUUCUUCCACGUCAAAAGUGGGGGCAGUGAUGUUAGCGCCAUUUCCUGGCUCCCUGUUACGUGUCUUGUGGUCUACAUUAUCACCUAUUGUCUUGGCUUUGGGCCUCUGCCAUGGGCCGUGAUGGGCGAGCUUUUCCCCGGGAACAUUAAAUCAGUGGCGUCCACGGUCACAGCAGCUGGGUGCUGGUUUCUUGGUUUUAUUCUGACCAAAUAUUUCUCGCUGGUUUCGGAUUUGAUUGGACAGGCGGGGUCUUUCGGGAUUUUCGCCGCGUGUUGCGUGGGGGCUGGCGUUUUUGUCUACAAGUAUUUGCCAGAUACGUCAGGAAAGAGUCUGCAGGAGAUUCAGGAUAUGCUGAGUGGGAAGAGUUCGUCGAGUGAUGCUUGAAUGUAGUGAUAGUUAUUUAUUGUUUUAUACUUUUACGUUGUUUGUAGUCUUGUCAUUAAUUUAUUUAACGUUUCAUGUUUUAUUAUACAGUAUUAUUGAACUGAAAUCUACAAGUCGUACAAAUGUACAAAGUAAUACUUAAAUAAUUAAUAAAGUUUUUACAAUUGGAUAA